UUUGUUACACUGUUGAGCUAUACAUAUUAUCCUAAGCCUAUCUCUUAAAUAUGUGGCCUUUGCAGCUAAUGUUUGCCUUCCUAAUUUUCUCACCGCUUAUCUCCGCCGCUCUAAAUGCCAAAGCCGGAUGCCCUGACAGUUGCGGGGACUUACCGAUUCGAUAUCCUUUCGGCAUGGGAUCAAAUUGCUCCCUUAACCAUUAUUUUAACAUCGACUGCAAUACAUCCACAGACCCUCCAAAAGCUUACCUUUCCAUUAUCAAAAAACAAGUGGUUGAAAUAAAUGAAACUUACAUUCGCCUCAGAAACCCCUACAUGAUUUCAGCUUGCUAUGAUUUGUCAACAGACAAGCAACAUAGUAUGACUGUGAACUUGUCCGGAACUCCUUACAUGUUUUCGGGAAACGUGCUCACUGCCAUCGGGUGUGAUGAUAUGUUGGUCCAAAUCAAAGGAAGUUCCGUAAUUGACGGAUCCUCGGCGUUUUGCGCGGACAAAAAUGGUACGGGCGGCGUCGGGAAUUAUUCUCGUAAUGGUUGUUGCCAGCAAUCGAUCAGAGGCGGAGGGAAAUUGAUGGAAGCACAACUGAUUGACUUGAGUGGAAAAUCACUACGUGAAAAGCUUUUCCCGUGUAGCUACGCCUUUAUGAAGGAGUUAUUGGAUGAUGAUGACCUCACAUUUUCCUAUCCAUUGUACUAUCUGGAUAACACAAGUGCAUUGCUAAAUGAUGAUUGGAAAUCAGCAUCUAUGGCACCAGUUGUGCGGCUGGACUGGACCAUUGGGACUGAUAACUGCAGUGUAGCCAAGAAUUUCAAAACCUACGCGUGUCUUGAUCCAAAGAGUAUCUGCGUUGAUAUCGACAGUAGUUUAGGAGUAAACGGGUACCUGUGUAGUUGCGUCCAAGGCUAUUACGGCAAUCCUUACCUAUCAGGAGGAUGCAAAAGAAUUUCCAGUUCAAUUGCCAAAGCUGGGUGCCUAGAUCAAUGUGGGGAAAUAUCGAUUCCAUUUCCAUUUGGAGUUGGCCCGAAUUGCUUCUUGGAUUCAUCUUUUGAAGUUGUUUGCAACACAACUACCAACCCUGAGAAACCAUACCUCCGCGCUCUAGAAACUGAAAUCGUUGAGAUCGACUCAUCAAAAGUCGUGGUCAUCAGUCAAAACAUGGCUUCAACUUGCUAUAAUUUGUCAGCCUAUGAAAAUGGAAUUACUAAGCCAGAGGAGAGAAAAUUGGUAAUUGACUUGUUGAAAACACAAUUUACAUUAUCGGAUGAAAACUGGAUCACGGCCAUCGGGUGCAAUGCCAUGCUUGUUGGGGGGGUUAUUGGAGAGGGCAAACUGACUUCUAUUGGGAGCAGCUGCGCAGCCAUUUGCUCGGACAGUAUAAGUUACUAUAACAGAAUGCAGUAUGAAUAUGCAGACUGCAAUUUUGGUAGAGGAUCUAAUUUGGGAGACGAUGGUUGUUGUAGGGUACCAAUUCCAAGAGGUACGAGUUACCUUGAAGCAAAUUUGAGCGAUCUAACCGGACAAUGGCCACGCACUAGUUUUUCUUGCAACUACGCCUUCAUUGAAUACAUGGAUAGAAACAAAGAUAAUAAUUAUGAAUCUUCGUUUCCAUUGUUCAUUAACUCAUCGGGAACGCGACCUGAUCUUGCGUUGUUGGGUGAAUAUUUUUAUUUUAAGUCGUCACACAUGUCGCUGAAUUGGAGGAUUGGAGCAGUAUAUUGUAAAGAAGCACGAUUAAAUCGGACAGAUUAUGUGUGUCAGAAUAACACCGACUGCGUUGAUUUUGAUUCAGGAUACCUUUGCAAUUGCUCCACAGGAUACAAAGGCAAUCCUUAUCUCAUUCAUGGCUGCCAAGAUAUUGAUGAAUGUUCUGAUAAUACAACGAACACAUGCGUCUCAAAUUCAAUUUGCGAAAACGAAGCUGGAAGUUAUCAUUGCACAUGUCUAAAAGGGUAUACUGGUGAUGGGAAGAAUGAUGGAACAGGUUGCACACUUUUGCCACCUUUCAAUAUAGCCAAAUUUGUUGUAAUAGGUCUAGCCUCUGCUUUGGGACUUCUAUUGCUUCUUUUGUUAUGUUUUUGGUUGCAUAAGGUGUUUGAGAAGAAAAGGAACAAAACCCGCAAAGAAAAAUUCUUUAAACACCUUGUCUUGCAACAACAAACAAGCGAGGGCGCAUUUGGGAAAACCAAACUUUUCACUGCAAAAGAAUUGGAGAAGGCCACCGAUCAUUUCAACGAAAGCCGCAUCUGUGGACGAGGAGGGCAAGGCAUCGUCUACAAAGGUAUGUUAUCUGAUGGUACUAUUGUAGCCAUCAAGAAACUAAAGGAGGUUGAUGAGAAUCAAGUGGAAGAGUUCAUAAAUGAGGUUGUCAUACUAUCGCAAAUCAAUCAUAAGAAUGUGGUCAGAUUAUUCGGAUGUUGUUUGGCGACUAACACUCCUCAAAUUGUUUAUGAGUUCUUACCAAACGGAACCCUCUUUGAUUUUAUUCAUCACCCCAAAAUCGAAUUCCCACUAACAUGGAACAUGCGACUAAAAAUAGUUGCAGAUGUGGCGGGGGCAUUGGCUUAUUUACACUUUGCAUCUUCCAUACCCAUUUAUCAUAGAGAUAUCAAGUCCACUAAUAUCCUUUUAGAUGAAAAGUAUAUUGUCAAAGUAUCAGAUUUUGGAAUUUCUAAACUUGUUCAAGUAGAUCAGACUCAUUUAACCACACUGGUUAAAGGGACAUUUGGGUAUUUAGAUCCAGAGUACUACGAAACAAGUCAAUACACGGAAAAGAGUGAUGUCUAUAGCUUUGGGGUGGUUCUUCUCGAACUUCUAACAAGUGAGCGACCAAUAUCUUUGGAGAGGCCUGAAGUGGGAAGAAAUCUAGCAGCACAUUUCCUUUCUUACAUGGAAGCAGACAAUCUCGAUGCCAUUUUAGACACUCAAGUUUCCGAGGAAGGUGGUAAGGAGGAGGUUAUUGCAGUUGCAAGGCUUGCAAGAAGAUGUUUGAAUGUUAAGGGGAAAAUGAGGCCAAACAUGAAGGAAGUGGCCACAGAAUUGGAAAGUUUAAUUAUAUCCCAAAUUCCUGAGUCUGAAGAAGCAACAGUCUCUGAAGCCAAGCACAAGAUGUUUUCAGACAUUGAGUACACUUGGACAAACAGUGAUCAUACUUCAUAAUUAAAUGCGUGAUGUCCAGGAGUUUGAUAUUAUUAAUAUCAAUUUUAUGAUUGUUUAUAAUUUAAGAUGGUAUUUCAUUUUCUA